GGAGCGAACAAACAGCAGCAGAAGAGGAGCCUCUCGGGAGAAACAACAGCCGCUAAAAACUCCCUGAAAGCGGUUUUCUCUCUCUUAUUUUGUGAGGUUUUCUUUGCCACAUGAUCGCCGCGCUCCUCGUCCGGACACGCGCGGAGGAUUUGGCCUCACGGGGAACGCGGCGGACUUGUUAACAGAGUAGUGAACCACAGUUAGCCUGAAAGCUAAACUAGCUGCUGGGGAGCUAGUUUUCUUUAACUUUGUAUCGAUGAGGAAACCCAAACCCCUCGACCAGGGUGGUGAACAGCGCUGACCGGCUCGCUGAGAGUUAGCUACCAGCCGCCUCCCAGAAGGAUCACACUACAGAAUGAGCGAGGAUGCCGUCCUGCUGAACGUGCCUGUGAUCCGGCAGCUGUACCACUGGGACUGUGGCUUAGCCUGCUCCAGGAUGGUCCUCAAGUACGUCCACCCCGUCGGCGAUGAGGAGUUUCAGAGGGCAUGCUGGGAUCUGAAGCUCACAGAGAGCGUGUGGACGAUUGACCUGGCCUACCUCAUGAGUCACCUAGGAAUCAAACACUGCUUCUGCACGCAGACUCUGGGCGUGGAUAAAGGCUUUAAGAACCAGUCCUUCUAUAAGAAGCAUUUUGACACAGAGGAAGACCGAGUGAAUGAGCUCUUCCUCAAAGCGGAGAGCAAAGGUGUGGUGGUGAGGAAAUGUUCGGUGACGGUUCAGGAGAUCCAGUCUCACCUGGAGCAGGGUCACGUGGCCAUCGUUCUGGUCAACGCCGUGGUUCUGACCUGUGAACUCUGCUCGCUCCCGGUCAAAUACUGCUGCUUCCUGCCCGUGGGCCAGAAGUGCUUCUGCAGGAAGCCGGAGUACCAGGGCCACUUCGUGGUGGUGUGCGGCUUCAACAGGACCACCGGCUGCAUCUUCUACAACAACCCCGCCUACUCUGACCGGGUGUGCUGCACCAGCGUGGGGAACUUCGAGGAGGCUCGGCGGAGCUACGGGACGGACGAGGACAUCCUGUUUGUCUUCAAGGAGAGUUGAUGGACAGUCUGUGGGUUUCCGUUCAGUGCUGAUAGAAACAUCCUGAUGCUGCAGAUCCUCUCUCUCUCAUGGCCCCCACCCUCCCGUCUGCUGCCGCCGGCCCCCAACACACACACUCGCACACACACCGGCCUCUGGUGGAGUCGGGGAACUGUGCGGUGCUACACAUCCCUUUCACAUGUAUAGAAAUGUACGCCAACGCUACUCCAGCUUGGAAGGAAAAAGGUUCAGUUUUAGUUUAUAUGAAUCGAGAAGAUUGUUCAAGAACAUUUUCUGUUUGUUCUUGGUCGAGUUUUAUGGACUGUGGAGGUUCACAGGCCGGACAUGAAGAAUCUGUGGGCUCCUUCUGAAGAAAAAAACGCUUUCUCUGCUCCGCCGUGGUCACGUUUCAGCUUCGGAUGAUUCUUUGAACAGGGAAUAAAGGAGCAGCGUCGUUUGGAGAGACUCAGGUAAUCAAAGUGACAUUUCAAUGCAAUUCUCCGUAGUGAAUCUAUGGAGUUCGAUCUUUCUGCCAGAAGCACAUGAACAGUUCAGCGCUUUUGCUUUUUGUGGUGCAGACGAGCUGUGGGGCGAGUCGUGUUGUGAUCGCGAUGAUUUCCUCAUGUUUAAUUUGGUAUUAUGUUUUUGCACUACACUUUUCUUACCAGACAUAAUUAUUUAAAUAGAUUUUUUUGUUGAGUACCGUACAAUGAAAUGUCAUUUCCUUCUGGCUGUACUUCAACUUGAGAAGAACGCAGCAGGUUUUUAAAAAUAGCUUCAACUGUAUUUUUUAUUGAGUAUAGAACUGCAUUUCCUGUGCCCUCACCAGCCACUUUAUUAGGCACACUUGUCUAUUUCUAAUGUGAUCCAGGGCAGCAGAUCUGCCCAUAUAAAGGGAGUAUUGACCAGGUUUUAAUGAUCCUGGGGUGAAUCAACUGCUUGUAGAUUGGACUGAAUUGGAAUUUGUACAGAGGCGUUUCUAUUAUUUUGGUCACUUCAUGAUUAUUAGGAACAGAUCACUUCCAGAAUGAAGCCGGACUCGUUUCAGAGCAGUUGUACUUGGUCACAUUACAAUGCACAUGUGCAUUAGUAAAGGGUGUUGUGAAUAAAGCAU